GAGCUGUCAGGGUUGGAUAUGUAGAUGAUAAAUUUGUAAUAAAUCCACUUCGCCAUGAGCUGGAGCAGAGCAAAAUCAACCUCGUGGUAACAUCCAGUAAACAGGGAAUAGUUAUGUUGGAGGGAGGAGCCAAUGCCGCGGAUUACGAUUUGUUUAAGGAAGCCAUUAAGGUCGGUUACGAGGAGUCAUUUAAUAUCAUCGACAGUAUUGAGGAUCUGAGAAAAACAGCCAGUGAAAAUAAGUAUAUACCUAAACGUCUACCUCCAAGAUUUCAGGAUACAGAAAUACAUAAUGCUGUCUACAGGUUGUGCAACACCAAAUUGACUGCAGUGUUUACAGAUUAUAAUCAUGAUAAGUUUUCAAGAGAUUUGGCGGUGAAGAAUGUUGUCAAUAGUGUGAUGAAUGAAUUAAAAGAUCUUUAUCCCUCCAUGACAGAAGAUGAUUUAAAUCAGUACAUUCAGAAGUGUAUUAAACAAGUCUUCAGGGAGAGUAUCUUUACUACUGGAAAAAGGUGUGACGGCAGAAGUUUAACACAGCUCAGAAACAUUUCCUGUAGUGUAGACGUCCUCAAACCCCUGCAUGGAUCCUCUCUCUUCCAGAGAGGUCAAACACAGGUCAGAAAUAAAACCCACAAUAUCAUGUGUGCUGUAUAA